CGAUUCCCGUUGCGAGCGAGAGGGCCCCUUAGUAAUGUUUAAGCGAUUCAAACCCGGGCGAUGACAACGUGGUUGUUUUCGAAAGACGAGCUAGAACGCAAAUCGCCGUCAUUGCAAGAUGGGAUGGAUGCGCGCACGGAGGCGUCCUACCGGGGCUACUACUCCACCUUCGCGCAGGAGCUGGGCAAGAAGCUCCAAGUGUCGCAGAUGACCGUCGCCACCGCAAUCACAUUUUGCCAUCGCUUCUACACGCGCCAGUCGCUGCUGAGGAACAAUUGCCUGAUUGUGGCAACCUCGUGCAUGCUUCUGGCCACCAAGGUGGAGGAGACACACCGCUAUCUCAAAGAGGUAGUGUUUAUUUCCUAUGAGUUGCGUAACCGAGACGACCCCAAAGCUCUGGAAAGAAUCAUGGAAGACAGGGAUUUGUAUGUCUCCGAAAAGCAGCUUGUGCUGUAUGGAGAGCGGCUGGUUCUCACAACGAUAGAGUUUGAUUUAAGUGUGGUAAAUCCACACAAGCCACUGGUGGCUACGCUGAAGAGGCUACGCAUUCUCAAGCAGGACCUCGUACAGCGGGCCUGGAAUUUUCUAAAUGACGGGCUUCGGACAACACUCGUUUUACAAUUCAAACCCGGCCAAGUUGCCGCUGGUGCGAUUUACGUGGCCGCGAGGCUGCUCAAGAUAAAGCUCCCGGAAGAAGAAGGUGGGCGUUUCUGGUGGCAUGAGCUCGAUGUAACUCCUGUUCUUCUCGAAGAGAUUGCUAGUCAGUUGCUGGAAGUGUAUGACAAUCCAUCGCUUCUUAGCCCUGCCGAGCAGAGAAACGGGAGAAGCAGCAGAGAGAACGGGGACGCUUUUACUUCGAGCCAAACAUUCAGCUAGAAAAGAAUUCCUUUGGUGGCGGAGGCAUCGCUGUUAACUCUAGGACGAUCCUCUCGAAACACUGUACAAAAUCAGGUAGUGUCUUCGGGAAACUGAUAUUUUGUUUUCCUUCUUUUUCCUGCCAAGAGAAAAAAAAA